AUGUUGGAAAAGAUAGCGUCUGCUUCAUCCGAAGGCUCCUCGCAAGUAAAUAUGGGACAGUCCUGUGAUGACAAGGCUAGCAGGAUCAGCGCAGAGACUCAACGGAGAGCCAAAGCUCUACAGAUCCUUUUCAAAAGGAUUGCCGAAGACAGGAAAAUUGGCCGUGCAACCGAGACAGUUUGCAACAGAGAUUCCACAGGAAAGCAAGAUGCUACAGAGUCCAACAAUGUCCAUGCAACAAACCCAGAGUUUUCUGCACAAGCCGCCAGCAAACGAACAAAGGGGCGCAGAAACAGUGCAGCGGCACCAUCAAAUGGACACUUAAUCAGAAGUAAUUCGCACAGGCUUGAGUCAAAGACAGAAAGAUUUGUGACGCCAGUUAACUGCGAUCCAGAGAUACCUCCUGUCGAACUGCAAUCGGCACAAGUUCAGUCGGAUGCCAAUAAUUUGGCUGUUAACCCCUCACGAAACCAAAGCGCCGAUGAAGACCCGCCGCCUGACCCCGUGACCAAGCGGCUUCUGGCUCGGAUGUCUGCAGCGGUGACUGUUGAGGAGCGCCCAAUUGAUUUUGGGCAUGACCUGCUUCUAUCACCUGAAGAAAAAGAAUACAUGGACCGUUUUGUCUUUGUAGAGCUUUCUAAAAUUCCAGUAAUGCCCUAUACUGCCCCUGCAGUAGAGGGACUUUUGUUUGCUGAGACAUUCGAUAGAGAAGACGUGUUCGAUACGUGGAUUGUUUCCAGAAGUUCCACCCACUCUGGACAAUGGAAUCAGGAGUUGAGACAUCCGCAUGUAAUUGAAGGGGACCGCGGACUAAUGACUGCCUCCAAGGGUCUUCGACACGCUAUUAGCACUUUGUUACCCAGAUAUGCGAUGCUUUCUCCUGAAGAUCCUCUAGUGCUGCAAUACGAGUUGCAGCAUCAGCAGCCAGAUUUCACUUGUGGAGGCGGUUACAUGACCUUUUUCCAAUCCGACGCACAGUCACAGCAACAAUUCGACGGGAAAACUCCAUACUCCUUGCGGUUUGGAGCCGACCAGUGUGGGAGGCGUCGAGAAAUCAUAUUUACGGUCAAUAGGAAAUGUCGAAUAACUGAAAAAAGCGUUACGCAUACGCUCUUUCCUCGGCUAGCGCUGCCCUUCAGUGACCGCACGCGUCUUUUAACGCUAAUCCUGAAACCAGAUGGGACAUUCAAGAUACUGCUGGAUGGAAGAACUAUUCGCAGGGUGAUCUUUUGUUCCCACCGACCAACGCCACUAGUGGCUCUCAAUCGUGACGUCUACGUUGGUCAGCACAAACUCACAUCAGGUCCUUGCACUUUGCGUGUUGUCAUCCGCUACCAGGGGACAAUCUUUGCUGACUUGAGACCGCCGUGGCCACACACAGGCCAAACGAUUCAGGAGCUGUCCAAAGAAUUUCCAAGCUUCAACGCAGUAGGCCUAGUAUUCAUGGCGAUGGAUAGUGGGACUCUUGUAGACAACAUUGUAGUGGGCAACAACGUCCAAGCUGCUCAGAAAUUUGCAAGAGCAACGUUCUGGAAACGAAUGGAAGUGGAAGACAAGGUUGCCGAAAUUGCAUUCAGGACGCGGAGCGCUGCUCGACAGGAGAUCCGUUCGCUGCGGCGCGAAUCUGAAGCACUUCAGGCCAUCUCAAACUCUCAUCACGCGAAUUACGGCAGAACGCAGCUUCGAGUGAAGACUGAACAACUCUUGCAGCAGGCAAACAGCUUUUCCGCACUUGUACAUAGAACCAAAGAUUUUACUGAAUGGACAUCAUUCAAUCCCAGGGACCACCAAAUGGGUAAUUGUCGUAUGGUUGGAGCAUUGAGAGAAACGGAACAAACAAAAGCUCUAUUAAGUGACGAUGAAGCAGAUGAAAACAACCUGAGUGGUGGAAUUUUUCUCGCAAGCACUGUGAUUUCAGGGUGA